AUGCUUGGGGGGUGGGGGCCACCAAAUGGUGAAGGCCACUGCCCCCCUCCUCUAACCAUUAACCAGCAAGACACCAGCAAACAAGAUUUAGUGGGGAGUCUCCCCGAAGCCUUACUGUACGUGUGCUAGGAUUCCAGACAGCAAAGCAGAGCCAGAAGGAACAGCUGGAGCCCACAGCAGACGACCUGGUCAACCAAAACAAUGUCGCUCGCCCUGUAUACCUGUCUCUUCUGGCUCUGCACCAGUGGCCUCUGGACCACCCAGGCUGUCACUGAUGAGGAUUCAAGUUCUCACCGAGACCUGGCUCCCACCAAUGUUGACUUUGCCUUCAACUUGUACAAACGCCUAGUGGCCCUGAAUUCUGACAAGAAUACCUUAAUCUCCCCAGUGAGCAUCUCCAUGGCCCUGGCCAUGCUGUCCCUAAGCACCAGGGGCUCCACCCAGUAUCUCGAGAACCUGGGCUUCAACAUGUCAAAGAUGUCUGAAGCUGAGAUCCACCAGGGUUUCCAGUACCUCAAUUCCCUUCUCCAGCAGUCUGACACUGGCUUGGAGAUGAACAUGGGCAAUGUCAUGUUCCUCCUCCAGAACCUAAAGCUGAAAGACUCAUUCUUAGCAGACACCAAACACUAUUAUGAGUCAGAGGCCUUGACCAUCCCUUCCAAGGACUGGACUAAAGCCGGCGAACAGAUCAACAAUCAUGUGAAGAAUAAGACACAGGGGAAAAUUGAGCAUGUGGUCUCAGACCUGGAUAGUUCAGCCACCCUCAUCCUGAUCAACUACAUCUUCCUCAAAGGAAUAUGGAAACUUCCCUUCAGCCCAGAAAAUACUAGAGAGGAGGACUUCUAUGUGAAUGAGACAAGCACAGUGAAGGUGCCCAUGAUGGUCCAGUCAGGCAACAUUAGUUACUUUCGUGAUUCGGCGAUCCCCUGCCAGAUGGUACAGAUGAAUUAUGUGGGAAAUGGAACUACCUUCAUCAUUCUUCCAGACCAGGGCCAGAUGGACACUGUCGUCGCUGCACUUAAUCGGGACACAAUUGAUAGGUGGGGCAAGCUUAUGAUUCCAAGGCAGAUGAACCUGUACAUCCCCAAAUUCUCCAUGUCUGAUACCUAUGACCUUCAAGAUGUGCUGGCAGAUGUGGGCAUUAAGGAUUUGUUCACCAACCAAUCUGAUUUCGCAGACACCACCAAAGACACUCCCUUGACAUUAACGGUACUCCACAAGGCCAUGCUGCAACUGGAUGAAGGGAAUGUGCUGCCUGCUGCCACCAAUGGCCCUCCUGUACACCUGCCCUCCGAAUCAUUCACCCUCAAGUACAACAGGCCCUUCAUCUUCCUGGCCUUUGACAAGUACACAUGGAGCAGCCUGAUGAUGAGCCAAGUCAUGAAUCCAGCCUAAAAGCUUGUCCCGGAAAACCAUGGUGCCAUCUGACUUUGAGAGCAUAGAAGUCUUUCCCCAGUCUUCUUCAGGGUCUCCCCCCAACCCAACCCAACCAGAUGCUCCCACUUUUAGACAUCUUGUAAUGAAUAGGCCUUGUUGCUACUCUCAAAACAAAUCAAUCGGGAGGGGACCACUGAGAAAGAGGUAACAGUUAUUAAAGGAUGUUUUUGCAAA